AUGCAGCGCACACGAAUAAGUGAGAGUCUGUUAGCCAAUGAUAUGUCGCAUCCCUGGACCCUGGAGUCCGACCCCAAAGUUAAAGAGCGGAAUCGAUAUUUCAACGUGCAGGCGUGGGCCAACAAUCGCAUCCAUCUGCGGGCGCCCGAGAGCGGGUGUGAUUUCAUCAACGCCUCUCCGAUCGUACUGAAAGACUCGGCCUCGGAGGAAGAGAGGACCUAUAUUGCGACACAGGGACCCAAGAAUGGACAUCUCGCAGACUUUUGGCAUAUGGUUUUCCAUGAAAGCAAGGAUGUGGCUGUCAUUGUUAUGUUGACCCAGACCUUCGAGGCUGGCCGGGAGAAAUGUGCACAAUACUUCCCAUUGGAUGAGGACUCAGCUUCGAUGAUUCUGACAACAGAUGACUCGGAUACAUUUGUGAACGAUGAGAGCAGCCAGGACGAGGUGCCCAGGGAAAUUGCGAAGGUGGUAUUAUUGGAAUCAAUGUUCGAUGCUAAGUCACGCUCGGAGAUUCGUAAGCUCGAGCUGACCAUCGGCUCGGACUCUAAGAUCGUGUGGCACUUCCUCUUUGCAGGCUGGGCAGAUUACUCCAGGCUCGAAGGCAGCGAUCGUGAGGCACUCCUUGAACUGAUUAAAUUGACAGCUUCCAAAUCUGGGGGACCCGACAAUCCACGUGUGGUCCACUGCAGCGCAGGUGUUGGCCGCACAGGAGUCUUCAUUGCCCUGGACCAUCUCCUCCAGGAGCUGGAAUCGGGCCAGCUGCUGCAGGUAGCCGAUUCCGAGACCGACCCCGUGUUUGAAACAGUCAAUAAGAUGCGUGAACAACGCAUGAUGACGGUUUACAACGAGUUACAAAUGCAGACCAUCUACGAGGUGCUUCGAGAGCAAACAGAUAUCAAAUUGGGCAAGAUAACAGGGCAGAACAACGUGUCGCCUGGAAGCCGAAUGGAUGAACACCAGUCCGCCAAGCUUGCCAAGUUGAGUGACAAGACUGAUUAUUUGCCUAUCCCAUAG